UAAUGUCAGAAAUCGAUGAACUUAACGGUUGAUCAAUUUCUUUACGAAAUCAUCUGUUUGUAGUUGUGCAUCCAGAGGCAUUUGUAUUCAACAACCACAGAGAGACAAUCUAUACAAGCACAUUUUGUGAUAUUGACAACAAUAGCUAAAAGAACAGAUUUUCUACUUGAAAUAAGAAAACCUUUUGAUCAAACGAAAACUCAGGAACCUGUCAACCGUAGCAGCAUUUGUGUUAAAAAGGAACAGGUCUUUGUACUUUUCACGAUUCUUAAAGUAACGUCAGAAAUCAAUAAAGUGAACGGUCUAUCAGUUUUUUUAAAAAAUCUUCAGUAACAUAAAACAGAUUGGAAGCAUCUUGCCUUUAUAAAGAACGCUGAUUUCGCUGUUAUUGGUAAAGCAACGUAUGAUGAAUCUCCCGUUUACAUUUUUGUUGCUUAUUAUAAAAGCAAUUUCAUAUUUGAAAGCUGAUGGAAAUGUAUUGCUUGGAAAGUCAAUUUACAUUCCUGGAGAGGACCUUUUGGGCUCCAUUCCAAAUGGAAUAGUGUUCUUUGAAGAAAUCCCUGUUGAAUGCUUUGGAAAGGCUGAAAACCCUACUUUAUUAAAGAGUGAUUCAUUUUAUCAAAACACGGAAAAUUUUUUUAAAAGUAUUGCAACAGAACUGAAUUUAAACGCUCAAGUCACAAAAAUUUUCUCUUUGGGUACGACAUUGGAUGCAACAACAAAAAGCAUUGGUGGUGAUCAUCAUGCAGUCAAUGGUGCAUCUUUGAAAAUUGCGACAAAGCACUUUGACACACAACUUUCUUCAGUCUGUCUCUACGAAACGAAUAUUCAAACUAGGGUGUUAGAUGAUUUCUCAGAACUUCCAAGUAACAUUGGUCAACCAUGGUUUAAAGAAUCGUGGAGAGAAUAUGACAUUUUUCUUCAAACGCAUGGUUCGCACGUGAUUACAUCCGUUACGUAUGGAUCAAGCCUUGAUCAAUACGCAUUUGGAGAAGAGUCUUCCUCUUACACACAAAAACAGCUUACAACAAAAGCGUGUGCAGCCUUACCGGGAGAAAUAAUCGGUGCAGCUGGGUUAUCGCUAUCAGCUUGUGCUGGAUUAAACAAAGAAGAUAAGGACAAUAUCAGUAAUGCAAAGAUGACAACAUCCAUCACUGUCCGAGGAGGAACAAUUGAGACAAGAAAUAGACUAUUUGCAGAUACAUCAGCCGAUGUAAUUUUAAAAUUUCUAUCAGAAGGCAAUACAAGCCCUGCUCCAAUUAGAUAUAAGGUUACACCUAUUUGGCAAGUUCUCAUGGGUCAAAAGCAAGUAAAACAAUCAAAUCCCAAAAGAAGUGUUCAAGCAGCAAACUUACAAUAUUAUUUUGAAGGCUUCCUCAAUUUUGAUUGUCCUUAUAUCCCUUCAGAUGAUGAAGGACCAAUUUUUCAACUUUUCAACUACGCGGAACAUUCAACUCCAGAGCGACCGGCCUUUCAAUGUACUAUCGCUCCUGAAGGUUGCCAUCAUGACAAAGACUGCCACAGGGCACUCGGGACCGGGUGCUUGUGCUACGGAAAAUCAAGCGUCCGUCAUCAUUCAAUAGAAAAAGAUGGAGAUAUGAGACUAGUCGCACAACGUCAAAUAACGAAAGAUUGGGACGGAGAUAAAACAUGCUCAAGAAAGAAUGUUGUUGGUAAAUGUUUCUGCAAACAUGAGCGUUUGAAAAGAAAAGUUAUUUUUGGCUAAUAUUUCAUUUUACAAACAGACAGCAAAUUUAUAUUUACCAAAUAUAUCAAACCCAUCACAGUAUUUUCUGUAAAAAGAUAAAUAAAAAUAUUUGACAAACCGAAAGAUUUCUCGUUACGUAAACAUUUACUUCAGAAAAAAAACAAUUAGAUACUCAAUGUUAUAGAGUAUAUGUCCUGCGUAAUUAUUAUUAUUGAAACUAUACUUUGAAUUGCUCCAAAAAUGGGUUUUUCAAUUUCUUUAUCAAUAAAUUAUAACGCUAUAAGCAUUUUCUUAUAUUAAUAAUUACUGGAUAUUUAGGGAUUAAAAGUAUAAUAUUAAUAUAAUCAUCUAAAAAA